AUGUCGGGUCUGCUCUUAAGACGCAGCCUCCUGCUGCUGGCAAAUGGCAGCAGCAGCAGCAGCAGCGGCAGCAGCUGCUGCUGCGGUGCCCCUUUGCGCCUGCUGAAGAGGCCCGUCCCUCAGCAGCAGCAGCAGCAGCAGCAGCAAGGGCGGCCGUGGCAGCAGCAGCGGGAGCAAGUGACCCUCCCCAGCCCCCCCUGCAGCAGCAGGCCCAGCGUUUCGCCGCGCAGCAGCCGCAGCAGCAGCAGCAGCAGCAGCAGCAGCAGCAGCAGCAAGGGCUUCUGCGAUCGCCGCUUGCUGCGCGCAAUUGGAGGCCGCGGGGGCCCCGGCUGCAUGCAUUUCAUUAAACAUAUUCAGCAGCACUUAAUGGGCCCCGGAGAGCCUUCGGGGGGUUGCGGGGGGGAGGGGGGCCCCGUGCUGCUGCGGCUGCGGGCCCGGGGGCCCCCCAGGGGGCCCCCCGGGGGGGCCCCCCCUGCAGCAGCAGUAGAGGACCUCAGCAGCCUCAGGGGCCUCGUAGUGGGGGGCCCCGGGGGCCGAGGGGGCCCCCGCUACAGCAGGGGGGCCCCCGGGAGAGCAGCAACAGUUUGGCUGCCGAGCAGCUGCGUAGUCUGGAGAGUGGAGGAGGGGUACGGGGGGCCCCCAGAGGGGGGCCCCCUGGGGGCCCCCGAGGGGCCCCCUGAGGGGCCCCCUGAGGGGGCCCCUGAGGGGGCCCCUGAGGGGGCCCCUGAGGGGGGGCCCCCUGAAGGGGAGGUUUGUGGGGAGGGAGCUGAUGAGGCGCCAAGGGCGAAGCAGAGGCUGAGGUUUCUGGGGCUGCUGGACCCCGCCACGGCUGCUGCUGCUGCUGCUGCGGGCAGCAGCAGCCGCAGCAGCAGCAGCAGCAGCAGCAGCAGCUUUGAGAGCGUGGCUGCUGCUGUGCUGCAGCUGCUGCAGCCCCACCUGUUUGCCCAGGAAAUGGCAGCAGCUGCUGGGGGCCGAGGGGGCCGGGGCAACAGCCGGAGGUGUCCGUACACCGCAGAGGCGGGCGAAGAGGGGCAGCAGCAGCUGCUGCUGCUGCAGCUGCUGCUGCUGGCAGAUGCUGCACUUGUGGGGCUUCCCAGCGCAGGCAAGUCUUUGCUGCUGUCGGCUCUUUCCCGCUGCAGCGCUUUUGCUGCUCCCUGGCCCCACAGCACCACCAAGCCCCAAAUAGGCCACAUCAUGCUGCAGCAGCAGCAGCAGCAGCAGCAGCAGCAGCAGCAGCUCGAGGGAAGCAGCAGCAUCUCAGUUGCAGACCUCCCCGGGCUGCUGCCGGGAGCCACAAAUGAAGUGGCUUGCUGCGCAGCAAGACAUGCAAAGGGGGCGAAGCUAAUUUUGUUUGUGGUUGAUGCUGCUGCUGCUGCUGGCAGCAGCAGCAGCAGCAGCCACGGGAGCCUGCUGGAGACUGUGCAGCUGCUGCAGCAGCAGCUGCUGCUGCAGUCGCCGCUGCUGGCAGCAAAGCCUGCUGCCAUUGUAGCCACCAAGUGCGACUUAAGGCCCCACCGCACUCUGCAAAAAGUUGACGAGCUGUGGCACCAGCAGCAGCAGCAGCAGCAGCAGCAGCAGCAGCAGCAAGCGAUUAAGCAGCAGCUGCAGCGACACUUCGACAGGCUCGUCGAGCAGCGGCAAAAGGAGCUGCUGCUGCUGCAGUGGGACUCCCCACGGCAGCAGCAGCAGGAGCAGCAGCGGCUGCAGCAGCAGCAGCAACUCGUGCAGCAGCUGCUGCAGCACUUGCAGCUGCAGCAGACACUCCCUGUCAUCCCCGUCAGUGCCCGGGAGGGUAUGGGGCUGCAGCGCCUCGUGCUGCUGCUGCAGCAGCAGCUGCAGCAGCAGCAGCUGCAGCAGCAGCGCGCUGUCUUGAACUUGCUGCAGCUGCUCGAGUGGUCUCUCUGCACCGCGCCUCCAGAACAAUAA